GAAGAUGCUUUCCACCACCGAGAUACAUAUAUCUGUGCAUGCCAGGUACUCUUCAAGCAUUUCAUCAAAUGAACUCAAGCUGAGCAAGGCAAGUUCAGACAAUCGAACAUGUCCAGCGUGAAACCUUGAAAUCUUACUACCGAGUCGAUAUUCUCUCUCUACCUAUGGACGAUAUCUGUCGACUGUCAUUCAUUACUUGAAGUCUUUGAUCAGACAUUCUACUACAUACUCGUAGAUCCCAAGGAGGCUAACAUACCCCAUGUUAUCACUAACGUUAUAGAUCUGACCACUUUGAUCCUUUGACCCCUCUGACCCCUCUGACCCCUUCAUUACCUAAUGCUUUUAUCCAAGAAGAAGAUCAUCUUCCCCCAAGACUUUCACAUGAUAUCUUUCUUAUCACUAUCACUAUCGCUAUCGCUAUCGCUAUCGUUAUCACGAUCGAUUCCCGAGUUUAACCGCAUGUUUAACCCAAACAGGACAGGGCAAUUUCAUUUCUUUCAUUCUUAUACAUGGAAUUACAUGCACCAUUCAAUUCGAAUCAAAACCUACCGUCACAUAAUAAGUGUGUCAUGAGUAUGUCACACGUAUGUCUUUAUAUACAUGUACGGUUCAAGAACCUCAAAACCCUCAAAAACACCAUGAAGCUUCUCUCGUUUCCAAACAUCCCGUCAUCAACAUAGCGGAAAGUAUAUCUCAGCCUAGGCCCCCUCAAUCCGGUUAUUAUCGGCCCCGGAUCUCACCGUUUUGCUUCAAAGUCUCAAACGACCAACCAUCAAAUCGUCUAGAUCCGAACUUCUCAAUGGUUAAGCAGUCCUGUACCCAGUCAUCAAUCCCUUGAAAGGCAAGAGCUUGACUAAGAUUAACUCAGCUUCAUGCGGAGAUGGUGAUCAUUUGAUGUGGAAGUAUUCACCAAUUGCUAAUCGUUCACUCCCGAAUCAAUCUUUGGUCUGGAGUUAGUCUGAUGCUUUACCUAAAAGACGUAUUUAGAAGGUAGAUAUUGAAUCCCUCCCUUCAAAGAGGACCCUUUCCCCACAGGAAAUGCAGACUAUCAUCCAUCUACUUUUCUUUUGUUGGCAUUUACCACCUAUCGACCUUCUUAUCAAGGUUCCAUUCCCCACAAUAGAGUGCCAAAUCUCACAAAGAAGUUUCUAUUCACAUAUAUCUAUCUCCAUUGGGCAUCUUUCAUCCAUUCAAUCUAUCGACUUUCCUCCCCUUCAAACAUGUUUCCAGAUUACAAUUCCCCAGAUCUUCAUCUGGCUCACCCAACCCCAGAAGAAAAGCUCGCAACGUGGAAUCUCAAUUACGAAGAAUGGGGCAAAGCACUCUCCAAAUCAGAUUAUCUUCAUCGAGAACAAUAUCUGGCCAGCGUUCCCUUGACCUCAGAUGAUGGAAUAACCUACUGGUGUCUGGUCGAUCGAUCCUCUCCUCCCAACAAUCGGGAAAUCUAUGCCUCCUGCGAAUCCCUCCGCAAAAAGGCUUUUAUAUCGAAAGAAGGAAAAGUCGAGGAAGUCAUCAUCCAUUCAAUUGGAUCUGUUUUUUGUCCCCCCAAAAAUCGAGGCCGCAAAUAUGCUUCUCGAAUGAUGACAGACCUAGGCAACAUCCUCAAAACAUGGCAGCUCGACCCCAACAUCCCCGGACGUCACAGCUCCCCCGCCUCGAUCCUCUUCUCCGACAUAGGCAAAAAAUUCUACGCAAACCACGGCUGGCACCCCUUCCCCUCCUCGCACAUUUCCCUCCCCCCUCUCCCCACCCCCACAGAAUCCACCCCCUCCUCCAUCCUCCCCACCCUCCUCAAAGAAGAAGACCUCCCCGCCCUCUGCGCCCUCGACACCACCUACAUCCGGCGCGUCCUCGAGCGCGCAAUCGAUCACAAAACCCACAUUGCCCUCCUCCCCGACCACCCCACAAUCCAAUGGCACCACCUCCGCGAAAACGUCAUGUCGACCUCCAUCUUCGGCCGCGCCCCCGAAAUCAAAGGCGCCAUGGCUGGCGACCCCGGCGCCCGCAUCUGGGCCUAUUGGACCCGCGGCUACUACGGCCCCAUCGACUCCCCCAAAUCGGGAAAUUGUCUGCACAUUCUAAGAUUGGUGCUAGAGGACGAAACGAACAGUGUCGAGAACGCGGCGAAACUAGACGCCGUGUUGAGGGAGGCGCAGAGGGAAGCGAGAGAGUGGAAAAUGACCGAGGUGCAGUUUUGGAAUCCGACGAGCUUGGUAGAGGACUUGUUGGAGAGGGGCGCGGUCGCGGGCAAGGGCAAGGUACACCUGCGGAAAGUCGAGAGGGAGGAGGAGAGCGUGGCUAGUUUGAUGUGGUAUGGGGAGGGGGAGGGAACGGUGGAUGAGCUGGAGUGGUGGGGAAAUGAAAAAUAUGGAUGGUGUUAGAUUUGAGGGGAGGGGGAGGGAACGGUGGAUGAGCUGGAGUGGUGGGGAAAUGAAAAAUAUGGAUGGUGUUAGAUUUGAGGGGAGGGGGAGGGGGAGGGGGAGGGGGGAGAAAUUGUGAGAGGAAGGGAGGAAUGGAGGAAAGAGGGAAAGAAGGAAAUCUAUCAUUUUUAUUUUUAUUUUUUUCUUCUCCAUAUGGGCGGGCGGGCGGGCGGCAGCGUAUCUCUUUCUACAUUGCGUUGCAUUGCAUUGCAUUGAUUGCAUUAGAUUGAUUGUUUAUUAGAUUGAGAGCAUUACAUUGUCACAUCAUCACAUCAUCACAUUAUCAUAUCAUAUCAUAUCAUAUCACAUCAGAUAUAGCAGAAAGAAUGAAUAGCAGAAAGAAUGAAUAAAUAAAUAAAAGACCAAUAAAAAGAAUAUAUAUAGAUAUAGAUACA